AAAUGGGAAAAACAGCCAACUCACUCGGACAUGGAGAUGGGGUUCGGUAGCUUGGGCAGGAGAGGCUCAUCCCUCUUAAUACUAUUCUCUCUGCUGGUCUCUCUAGUGCUCGGAGCCUUCCAAGGCGACGACUGCCCAACUGCCAAGUGUGGCCCCCAUGGCCCUGAUAUUCGCUUUCCGUUUAGGCUUAAGGGAGGACAGCCCAAGCACUGUGGCUAUCCUGGCUUCGAAUUGUCUUGCAAGGAUGGCCACACUGUCUUAAACCUUCCAACAUCUUCCUCAGAAAAUAUCUUCAUAAAAUCCAUCUCUUACAGUUCUCAGACGCUAAGUGUCUUCAACCCCAACAAUUGUUUUGCAGCCCUCUUCGUCGAUCUCAACUUCUUAACUCCUUAUAGGUCAUCCGAUCAAUAUAUCGAUUGUCUACACACAAACUCAUCAUUAUCUUUCCAAGAUGCUCUUGACUACCACGCUUUCUUAUUGUUUGAUUGUUCAUUAAAAGAAGAUGUUGCAGAAGGCAACCAUCAAGUCCCUAUCCCUUGCAUGAACAGCCCUGGGCAUAGCUAUUUGCUUGUCGACUCUAAAAUCCCCCUUGGUGAAGUGCGGCCUUCUUGCACGACAGUGAAGACAGUUUGUAUCCCAUAUAAGUACCUCCGUGACUUAUUCGGUGGAGGUGUUUCACCAGCUAUCAGUUUAAGCUGGGACUUGCCAGUCUGCAGCCACUGUGAAUCUUUAGGGAAGGCAUGCGGAUUCGUCAAUAAAAGUACCAAAGCAUUACGAUGUUAUAACGAACUAAGUUAUGGAAAAGGGAAAAAAAAUGGUAACUGGUCGUGCUCCAUCCGAAUCACUGUACAUACAUAUAUCGUCCUAAAUUUAUAAGACAAGACUUUUUCACCGCGGAGUAUCCAGGCUGCUAGGGGAGGGAGGUAGGGGCUACGCGCGAGGUCUCAUCUAUUGGAUCCACACGGUGAAUUCACCAUGCGGCUCUGGAAAACUUUGUCCUAAAAUAUAUAGUAUGACUUCUUAUUAUCUUUAUAGUAGGACUUUGGGUGUACCCAACGUGUAUAAUAGUAGUGCUAUCAGGAUAGAUCAGAAUGAAAUUGCAGUCUUUUUGAUAAACUUUGGUAAGGAUUAUUUCUGUAUUGUUAAUUUUUUUUUCCUUUUGGCUGAUGUGUACUUAUGAUCAUAGUUAUAAUUUGUUUUCUGUUUUUGUUAAUGAAUCUCUCUGGUUUAGCCCCACCCAAAAACAGAAGAAAUUAUUACUAGUAAUCUAUUAUCUCCAAGUAUUGGAUGCAAAUGCAAUGAUAUGUUUUGAGGCAAAAGUUUCCUGGACCAUAUAGUUCAGUGAGGAAUUUAUUUGAUUACAAACCUAAUUGUGCAACGUAGGAGAGUGAGGUGGCAAUCCCAACAGUUGAAUCUAUAGUGAAUAGUCUAAAUUAGCUGUAUGCCAAGUUUUAAAAGGAGCAUUCAACCAUAUACCUUCUCAUGUAUUAGCAUUUACUCUUGUAAUUUUAGUUGUUCAUUUCUUUAAUUUAAUUUUACUUUUCCAUACGAUUUUCAGAAUAUUAUUUUGCUACAUGUGGAAACUUGGGGCACCUGUCCAAAAUUUCAUCCGCAUUAAACUAGCUGCCAUGUAGGAGAUAUGUUUGCUACCUAUAUAGAUUCCAUAGUUGAAGCCUCAUUCAGGAAAACCAUUUCAUAAUUUUAAUUGCAUAAUUUAAGGCUAAUCAUACUUUGAAUUUUAAAGCAUGGUUUUAUUAUUUAGUAAGAUAUAAUUUUACUUAGUUUUAGUUUAAUUAAGAAGUGAAUUAUUUAAGAACAAUGAUUUAUUUGUGGUC